GUGACAGGUGUUUACGCGCCAAACAACAAUGGUUGCUUGCUAACGUUUGAUAAAAGUUUUUUGAUGCACGCUUUUUGUUGCAAUUUACGAAGUCUCUCAACUAAAAAACGCUUUAACAGUUCAUUUAUCGUUUACUAACUUCAUUUGAGCUACAAUAUGUAGCAAUACUAUCAAGAAACGAGUAGAAACUGUAUUGUGUAUUGAGGCUGGAACACCGAUACGUUGCGAGUGCUGUGCCCUAUUUAGUGUUUUAUUGUUAAUUAAGGUCAGUAAUUCAGUCGUAGAAAUGGCUGCGACGACUCCUAGACGUUCGACGCGAAUUCCUCACACUCAUACACCAAAAAUGUCUGAGCGUAAGAAGGGGUUAUUUCAACGUGAGGAGUUGCCUUCGCGGGAGUCGCUGACGACGCACAGAAAGCUGCCGGUGGUAGAUAGCGAGAGUGACAGCGAAGACUGUGACUUGGGGAUCAUCAGUACACUGGAUUCCAGCUCUGAUGAGAACGAUCAGAAUGUUCCCAAGACUCCUGAGAGAAGCUUAUGGCAUGAAACAAGAAGCCAGACUCGUAAGCUUUUAAAAGAGAGUAAUGAUUUGAAAAAUUUUAUCAAGUCACCAUUUACAUUGAAAAAAUAUCAGACCAGAUACUGUCCGGAGUCGAAAUGUUCUGGUUCAGUGUCUACUCCGGUCACUCCUCACCUGAACAACCACCCAGGUACUCCAUCUUCUACACACUCAUGUGCCAGUGUCCACACAACAUCGUCUACCUCAAGCCGGGCUCGCAAAAGCCUGGCCAGUCUUAUCGCAGACACAGAAAGCUGCAGCAGCUCUCUAAAAGACCUAAACUUUGACACCGAUUCGGGCACAGAUUCUAAAGAAAAUACGCCGACGAAAUCUUUAAGGAGAUCCAAUAGAAGGAACAAGCUGACUCCAAAAUUCCAUAGCUUCAAAGGCGUGCUUCUAGAACAGAAGAAAAAUAUCUCCCCAAUGAAAACUGCUGUAGUCUGUUUGACAAAAAUGGACAUGAAUAGUAUUAUUUCCCCGACGCAGAUGCAGAAAACUCCUCAAACAACAGACGCGGGUGCUUCGCCCCCUAAGUUGGGACACAGCCGUCGUUCCGUCAUUGAGAUUGGUGAAAGUCCUGAAUCGGCUUGUGAUAGCGAGAAGAGCAACAAGAGACUACGGAACGACAGUCUAUCGGAACAUGGUCCAAAUACCAAGUAUCCUAGACUGGAAAAUGCUCCUAAAGCACGUUUAUCACUGUUCAACAGUGAUAGGCUAAAAGAAAUCUUAUCUGCUAAGUCCUUCUACGGGAAGAGCAACCCCGACUUAAAUACUAGCCUAACAGCUAAGAUUUCGCACGCGAUCGAAGCGACUACGAGCAACAGGCGUUUAAGACAUUCCCACUCUCAUAGACGUAAGAGGAAACCAGGACAGAUUAAUCUAGGAGUGAGGCAUCGGAUCAGGAAGCCCAAAUAUCACAAGACGAAGGUGGUGAAAUACCAGAAUUCUUCAUUGAAUAGUUCUAUGUUGAAUGACACCGUCAUCUCCAACCCUGCCGUGACGGAUGCGUCAAUGGUCAGUCAGAAUUCAUCGCAGGAACUCUGUAAUGAUAAAGCUGAUCCCUUUGACAAAGAAAAACAAACAAUAGAAGCGCUUUUAAGCCAAUGGACGGAGGAAGAUAUUCCCGAAUCUGAAUUGUCCUAUUCGAAACCUAUGCAAGAAUUACCAUGUUUCAACAGCACGGUUAUAGAAGAAACUAAACAAAUAUUUCAACCAGUGACCGCUGUGCCAGUAAACCUGGCAACACUACCACAAGAUUCCGAAGCUGUUAUCGUGGAAUUGGGUUGCCAGAAAGAAAUAACACAGAAUUGUAGUCUACCAACCAGGGUAGAGACGUUGCCAGAAGUGGCGGUACCACCUUUGACUACGUUGCCGCAAGUGGCAGUGCCGUCUAUUGAUCUGACUUUGCCAUCAUCGGCAACGAAUGACGUGGUUAUGACUGAAGUGGACGGUCAUGUGCAAAACCAUGGCGAUUUGCCCAAAAGUGGACAAUUCCUGCCCGUGGAAGGCGGAUAUAUUCUGGUGGAAGAGAACGCUGUUCAAGCGCAAGAAGUACUACCGGACUUGGACGAGAUCGAGCGUGAAUUAAAAAUGCUAGACGAACAGAUUCUCAAGAUGGCGGAGUCUAACAAUAUCAACCCGGAAGCCGUGUUAGCAUCCACUGAGACCAUACCAGCAGUCGUUAAAGAUGUUCCCUCAACUUCGGCAGAAAAUACUGACAAGUUGGAUAAGCCUAAACUGUUCCCCAUCUUUGACAAGCCCAACCCUGGAAUCGCUGCUACUGCCAACUCGAAAGGUGUCUCAGACAAGAGUAAAAGAUUGAUCAAGACUGGAGAUGACCAGUACGUAAUAGAUGCUGGACAGAAGAAAUUCGGAGCCACGCAGUGCGCUGAAUGUGGAACUAUUUAUCAGAUUGGCGAUCCUCAAGAUGAGCACGAUCAUUUGGUGCAUCACAACGCUACAGAUGUGCUGAAGUUCAAUGGUUUCAAAGACGAGUGCGUCGUAGACAGGCCAGGGCCCACGGAGCGCUGCAUUCGCAUCCGAGGCGGAGAGAAUGGCUGGAAGAAAGUGGAACAACUGCUGAACAGAGUGGUGCAUCCCCAACUUGGCUACGGGAACGAACUGCCUAAGGAACAGAUACAUGCUUAUACUGCGUAUUUAUACGUGGAAAAGAAACAAAUAGUGGGGUGUUUAAUAGUGGAGCCCAAGUUGCGAGCCUACAAGCUGAUUCCCGGCGACCCUGACUGCUGCAGCGUCGAGGGUUACUCCGUCAAAUGCGGCGUAUCCCGAAUUUGGACGCAUAUCAACCAUAGGAGGCGUGGCAUCGCAGCUCGCCUGCUGUCUGGCGCUAGAGCAUCCUUCCUCUACGGCGAAGCCCUAAGAGUGACAGACAUUGCCUUUAGCGCUCCCACGGCUGCCGGCAAAGCUUUUGCCACCAAAUACUGCGGAACGCCAAACUUCUACGUGUAUUUGGAAUAA